AUGAGGCGCUCGCUGAGCCAGAUUCAGGAGUCUGGCGGCGCAGCUGGAGGCGCAGGGGGCGCCGGGGACUGCCCGGCGAGGGGCGCCGUGGGGGGCCCGGCGGGAGGCCCUGCGGGGGGCACGGCGGAUCCGGCGGGGGGCGCCAGUGCUGGUUCCGUGCUUCGCCGGCGAACUUUGCCGCGCUUCUUCAACAUGGUGGCCUGCGGGCAGCGCGCCACUGAGCCGGGCCGGCGUCACGGGCCCGCGGCGGGGCCCGCGCCCGACCCGCGCUUCGUUUUUUUCAGCAUCGUCGCCUGCCGGUCACACCGCUCACCUCGU